CACUUGCACAUAAUAAAAUUAUAACAAGAAAUUGAGGACGUCUGUAAAAGAUGAAAUCUAUAACUUGUUCCUCUUUUUUUGUUAUUUCACAGGACUCUUUCCUCACAUCUUCAACCUGGCCACACAAGGGCGAAUAUCUGUGAAUGCGACCUGUGGGGAGCGGGGCCCCGAGACAUACUGCAAGCUGGUAGAACAUGUGCCCAACGAGUCCGAAGACUACCCACAAUGCCGUGUGUGCAAUGCUCAGGGUUUCGUCAAAGCGGACCGGCACCCGAUACAAAAUGCAAUAGACGGGACUGAAAGCUGGUGGCAGAGUCCAAGCAUAGCGAACGGGAUGCAAUACCACUGGGUCACAAUCACGCUAGACCUCGGUCAGAUCUACCAAGUAGCCUAUGUGAUCGUCAAAGCUGCAAAUUCACCGCGGCCGGGGAACUGGAUCCUGGAGCGCUCCUUAGAUGGGGAAAUGUACAAGCCCUGGCAGUACUUUGCGAUUUCAGAGAGCGAGUGCGUUAAAGAGUACGGCAUCGUUCCGUCGCGGGAUAUGCACCGCUUCUCGCGGGACGAUGAGGUCUCAUGCACGUCGCUCUACUCCAAGUUAGAACCGCUAGAGAAUGGCGAGAUACACACGUCAAUUAUUAAUGGGAGACCUACUGCUACAAAUCCGAGCCAAGUUUUAAUAGAUUUCACUUCAGCCCGCUUCAUCAGACUCCGCCUUCAACAGAUCCGGACAUUACAUGCUGACCUCAUGACCUUUAACAGUAGAGGGAUUAGAUACGUUGAUACCAUUGUAUCAAGAAGGUACUAUUAUUCCAUCAAAGAUAUAUCCAUAGGAGGGCAGUGUAUAUGUUUCGGCCAUGCAGAGCAGUGUGUGUUGAAUCCUUCUGCUGGUCCUAAUGAUCUGGCACUGAAAUGUAUAUGUGAGCAUAAUACCUGCGGUGAUCAAUGUAACCAAUGCUGCAGGGGUUUUCAGCAAUUUCCAUGGCGACCAGGCAAUACUGACUUUGGCAAUAGCUGUAGACCUUGUAAUUGUCAUGGGCACGCUGAUGACUGUUACUAUGACGCCAAGGCCGACGCCCAGAGCCUCAGCAUAGAUGAAGAUGGGAACUACAAUGGGGGAGGAGUUUGUGUAGCUUGCCGCGACAACACGGAUGGACUCAACUGCCAGACAUGCCGAGAUGGAUUCUACCGCCCUCUAGGGGUGGAGCCUACUGAUCCCUCGCCAUGUAGAGAGUGCAGAUGCAGUGCCAUCGGUACACAGCCAGAUUCUAACAACAACUGUGUGAAGGACGAGCGGAGCCAAGUCAAUGAUAUGAAUCCAGGGGACUGUUUCUGUAAGGAGGGCUACGCUGGCCCAAGCUGCGACAGGUGCGCUCGUGGUUACCGUGGUUACCCGGACUGUGAGAAGUGUCUGUGCAGCAAUGCUGGCAGUUCUAAUGAAGACCCAUGUGAAGGGCCAUGUGUAUGCAAGCCUAAUGUGGAAGGAUCUAACUGUGACGUGUGUAAGAGAGGGUUCUUCAACCUCGCAGGUGAUAACUCUGAUGGAUGUGGGGAGUGCUACUGCUUUGGCAUCACUACUGAAUGUACCAGUGUACCCUGGGGAAUCGAACAGGUAACCACGCUGACGGGAUGGUUUGUGACUAACGUAGAGCGUUCAUCCUAUGCCUUCCCUGAUACCACGGGCGUGGACAUGCUCUCUAUCAACCAUUACAAGGCGCUGGAAGACCUGGGGGAUGGCAUCUAUUAUUGGUUGGCUUCCAGAGAGUAUCUUGGUAACAAGCUAUCAUCUCAUGGAGGUUACCUGACAUUCACUGUGAGUUACAGCAUUCAGAGAGGGGACGUAUACCAACAACCAACCAGAGAUGCAGACAUCGUCAUCGAGGGUGACCGUCUGCGUCUCUACCAGAGCUUCUUGUACAUACGUCCCGAGGAGGAGCGGACAGCCAGGAUCCAGAUGGCUGCUACGAAUUGGUUCGUCCUGACCCCUGAUGUUGACCUCUCGGCCGGGGUCAUGGGUCGUAGGGCAACACCAGAGGAGUUCAUGAGGGUCUUGUCUGAUGUGAGAGCGCUGCUGAUCAGGGCUUCAUAUAAUACUAGACCAAUAGAAUCAAGGUUAAAGAAUGUUGUUCUUGAGGAGGUCCAGAGGACAGCGGUGACUGCAUCGUUCCUAGCCAGUGUAGAGCAAUGUGAAUGUCCACCAACCUAUGAGGGUUUUUCAUGUGAGUCAUGCGAGUACGGAUACCGGCGUGUGAACAACGCCCUCUACGGUGGGGUUUGUGAAAGGUGCGACUGUAACAACCAUUCCCCGGAAUGCGAUCCUUACAUGGGAGAAUGCUCACAAUGUGAUCACAACACAUAUGGACCUCACUGUGAGUCCUGCUUGCCUGGUUUCUAUGGUGAUGCAACAUCCGGUCUAGCUGAUGCCUGCCAGCCCUGUGCUUGCCCCAGGGAGGACCAGGGAUCAAGUUUCAGCCCUACCUGUAUAGCUGAUGAUCGAUAUGGGUUUGUUUGUAAUCAGUGUGCUACUGGCCAUGGAGGACCGAGAUGUGAUAAAUGUGUGGAUGGUUUCUAUGGCGACCCCAUGACCACCGGCCUAGCCUGUAGGCCCUGCUCGCUCAACUGUAACGGUAACCUUGACACCUCUUCACCGGGCAGCUGCGAUACCUACACAGGGGCGUGUCUCCUCUGCAGAGAAGGGUCCGUCGGGGACCACUGUCAGAGGUGCGCCCUCGGCUUCUACGGGGAUGCCAUCCAGAGGACCUGCCAAGCAUGCCAGUGUCACGAGGCAGGUUCCCUUUACCCUCAGUGCGACGAGGUCACAGGGUCAUGUCAGUGCAGGUCAAAUGUCACAGGUCGGCAAUGCGACACCUGCUCGCCUGGACACUUCAACCUAAGCACCAGGGGUUGCCAGUCAUGUGACUGCCAUCCUACUGGCUCAUUGGACGAUACCUGUGAUGUCAUCACGGGACAGUGCAGUUGCAAGCUAGGUGUAUCUGGCCGGCUCUGUGACCAGUGUAUGGCAGGUUUCUGGAACUUUGGAGAGAACGGUUGCCAAUCCUGUGAAUGUGAGCAGUCUGGAGGUCUAUGUGAUUCUUUGACUGGUCAGUGUGGUUGUCCAGCCAACGUCAUUGGUCAGCGGUGUGACUCCUGUGCUCCUGAGACAUGGGGAUAUAACUCUGUGUUUGGUUGUAAGCCAUGUAACUGUAGUGAUGUAGGAUCAUCAAGUCAGCAGUGUGAUCUUAUUACAGGACAGUGCAGGUGCUAUAAAAGCUACGAAGGGAGGCAAUGCAAUUCCUGUGGAUUUGGUUACUAUGGUUACCCAAAAUGCCGCAAGUGCCGUUGCAGUCGAAGAGGACGGGACCCAUCUACCUGCAGGGGUGAUCUCUGUGAUUGCAAUGAGGAGGGCAACUGCAUGUGUAAAGCCAACAUCCAGGGAAAGAAAUGCAGUAAGUGUUCCAAAGGCAGCUUCAGUCUUCAACCCAAGCUACCCUCCGGCUGUACCAGCUGCUUCUGUUUCGGGGUCUCAGAGAAGUGCGAUCAAGCUGACUACAUCAUAAGCAGGAUCGAAAUGGCAGAGGAGGAUGCUAGUGAGCUGUUUGUCAGUGAUGCUAACAGAUUGAGAAGAACACAGACUGGUGUAACUCACUACUCAGCUGGAGGGGGUGUGAACAUCACUGCUGCACAGGUGGCUCUGAGGACCAGAGACGUGUACUGGAACCUGCCUCCGGUAUUCCUGGGCAACAUGGUAACUGCUUACGGAGGUAUGAUCAAGUACAAGAUAGACUACACCGAGCCCAAGAACGUUGACGGCUGGUCUGAAGCCAGACCUUAUCUACCUCACAUCAUGCUGGUAGGAGAGGUCCACUCUCUCGUCAUCCCGGUCUCAAAUCUCAAUGGAAAGUCUAGGCCAAAGCUGGAACUCUUUGAGUACAAUUUUCUUCACCUAGGCACCGGCGACGCCCCUACCAGGGAAGAGUUCAUGAUGGUCCUCCAAGAUGUUCAAGCGAUUCUUGUUCCUGCUGCUCAGACCUACCAGACCAUAUCCUCAAGGAUAUCCAGUGUGUACAUGGAAGUGGGAGCUCCUAGAGGCAACGACACCACCAGUCUUACAGUACUAGGGAUAGAGGAAUGUAAAUGCCCUAAAGGAUACAGAGGCACAUCAUGCGAGGAGUGUAUGACGGGCUAUGUGAGGGUUCAAGAGGGACCAUAUCUGGGUAGAUGUGAGCUGUGUACCUGUCAUAAACAUUCAGAUGUCUGCAACGAUGGAAACGGCAAGUGCCAGGAUUGUCAACACAAUACUACAGGUUCCAGAUGCCAUCUGUGUGCUCCUGGUUUCUAUGGCGAUGCUACCAGAGGACAGAGUGAUGACUGCCAACCAUGUGGAUGCCCUCUCAAUAUCUUAUCCAACAAUUUCAGCCCAUUGUGUGAGACAGCAGAGGAUGGUGGUUACAUCUGUACAGCCUGCCCUAGAGGGUACAGUGGCAGAUACUGUGAAAGGUGUGCUGUUGGUUAUUAUGGCAACCCACUUAUCCCUGGUGGAAGCUGCCACCCCUGUGGAUGCAAUGAGUAUGGCUCAAACACCACAGUGUGCAAUGGCACCACUGGACAGUGUCAUUGCAUUGCGGGGGUGUCAGGACGCAGCUGUGACGAGUGUAGCCCAAGGCAUGUCAUAACAGGCGACGGAUGUACCUCUUGUGAUGACGGCUGUACUGGACCUCUACUUGAUGCUCUGGAUAAGAUGAGGGAUGAUGUUAAGAAUCUUAACACCUCACGCUUCAUCCCUCCUCCUUGGCCCAUCCUAAUGGGCCUUACCGAUGACAGAAACCAACUCCAGGAUCAGGUAGAUUCAUAUAACCGAGCUGUGAUUGCCGCCAAUGAAUUGAUUGCAUCCCUCCCAAACGGCACCAAUGAUCUGAGCGCACAAACAAGAAGGCUCAUGAGGAAGCUUGAUAACGAUGCCGGAGGGAUUGAGCUGGUUGCUAUGAAUGCAUCAGACGUCACUCUCAGGGCAAGACAGCUAAAUGAGCAAGUCAACGCAACCUACAAGCUCAUCAAUGAAACUGUGGCUCUGUUCAAGGACCAGUUCUUGAACCAAGGUCUUGUACCUGCCAGGGAGAAUGCACAGCUUAUCAACAGAGCCACAGGAAUUCUUGAAGAACUACGGGACAGGACCUUCGUAGAGAUGCAGGUGGCUGCAUUAGAAGAAAGAAGAUUGGCCAACCUAACUCUUGACAAGACCAGCAAUGGCUAUGCUGAAAUGCUCCGAGAUCUGUAUGCUAAGAUCGGCCAGGCUAUGGAGGACUUGAAUGAUUUAGUUCUCAAGCUUGAUGAACUUCUCAUCAGAUGCAGAAUGGCUGAUAGAAUCUCCAAAGAUGCGUUUGAUGCCAUCAAUAGUGCAAAUGAUUCUUUGAAUGCCUUUCAGAACAUGACUGGUAUAAUCCAAGAGAAGAAGCAACAGAGUGAAAGUGAUGUGCAGGAUGCAGAACGUCUCUUGCAGGCUGCUCAGGAUCUACUGAGGAUGGCUAAUAACACUUAUCAGACGUCUGAAGCUGAGCAUGGGAACUUGAGUUUGGUUCUGCCUGAUCUGGUUCUGAGAUCUGAUCAGAGUGACAUUGAUCUGAUGGUGCUGGGUGAGGAUGCUGACAUGGCUAUGGAACAUGCUAUAGAACUCUACAACAGAUCAGUGCUCCUGGAAAACCUUCUGCUUCCCACCCAGCAGCAUGCGCAAGGUUCUCUUGAAGCAGAAAGGGCGUACUCUGACAUUGUGACAGCUAUCAACGAGGCCCAUAAUGCAUCACUGAAAGCCAAGAGGACAGCGGAUGAGGCACACAAAAAGGCUUACGCCAACGACUCUCGAUCUCUAAGCCAGCAAGCCAAGGAUCUCAAGGACAAAGGCUUCAACCAACUCCAACAGACAUUGUCCCUUGAAGCUGACCUCCAGACUAUGACCUCUGAACUUGCUGGCCUCCGAGGUCAGGUGGAGGAGGUCAACGCUAUUCAAGAUGAGGCCAGUCAAGGAUUGGACGACAUAAAACAAGCUCUGCCACCAUUAGAACAAGACAUAGCGAGCGACGCCCAGAGAUCCAUCAACAGCUCCAUGAGGGCGACAAACAUGGCGACCAAGGCUGCGGACAGGUCAGCAAGGGUCACGGAACGAGCAGCAGGACUCAAGGAGAAACUUGAUGGGAUUGGUGGGAAGUACCAGGCGUACAUCAAUGUUACUGAUGACAUAGCUAAUUCAGUUGAGGCAUCCGCUGGCAUGGUGGAUGAGAUGGGUAUGAAGAUGGGAACGUUGCGCAAUCAAGCCCUUCACAUAGAAACACAGAGGGCACCUAUGGAGCUGAACCUGAGACAGCUGAGAGACAAGAUUAGACAUGCAAGGACUGAGGCAUCUAGGAUCAACGUAGCCCUGCUUUGUAGAGGUGACUGUGCAAGGAGUUACAGACCUCGAGCAUCCAGCACGGCCUUCAAUGCUCUGGUGCUCAACAUCAACAUCUCAGGACCAAACAACAUGAUCUUCUACGUCGGCAACAACAUUACAGGUGACUAUCUAGCAGUGGAGACCAUUGAGGGUCAGGUCAGGCUAAGCUGGGAUCUAGGAUCAGGGAGGGGCGAGGUUGUGCACCCCUCCAACCUGUCAGCUAAUCAAGACUGGUAUAGAAUCAAUAUAGAAAGAUUUGCCAACACUGCCUCUCUCAAAGUGGAAGAUUCCUCCCAGGCUAAGACCUCUAAUGGGAGCACAGUGACAGGUGUCUCUCCAGAGGGUAGGAAUGUUCUGGAUGUGAGGGAGGACAGCAAUCUAUUCAUCGCAGGGAUCCCACCCAACUUUGAUAUUCCUGAGCUUUCUACCAAGUCUUUCAAUGGCUCCAUAGGAGAGGUGAUCUUUGAUGAUGUGGCCAUUGGACUCUGGAACUUCAAAACUUCGCAAGGACCUGGGGAGGGCAGCUUCAGAAGCCCAAUUAUGAGUACAAGUACUGCAGAACCAGGGGCCUACUUUGAUGGUACAGGAUAUGCGAAGCUCAGGCAGCCACCACUCUGGGACGAGUACAUAAAUUCACUCAACUUUGACAUCAAGACGUUGUCAGAGAAUGGGCUGCUGUUUUACAGUGCUUCUGAGGAUCAGGUGAGGGGGAAUGGGGGAGAACAGAGAGAUAAGAACAAGAGAUGA